GGCCUGUCAGUGACGUGUCCCGAAUGAAUACGGGGUUUACGUUUUGUGUGUGUAACGCGUCAUUUCACAGUCACUCAACUUAGUGAACUGACAGCUUUGAGAGAGGGAGAGAAAGAGAGAGAGAGAAAGAGGGUGAAAGACACAAGUUAUUUAAGAUUGAAGAUAAUUUUGAAGUUUAAUUGACGUCCUUUGCAGCUAUUGAGUCUACAAGCUGAAUAAAAAUAUAACUUAUUUAUUUAGAAAGGUGAGACGUGUGUGUGAAGGUUCUCCUCAGCUCAGAGACUACAGACGUCACAUGUAAGUCACCUUGAUGUUCACUCGUGUGGGGGCGUCACCGCGUCAUCCAGGCGUCAUACAUCUUUGAGACCAUGCUUCACCUGGUCCAGUUUCCAGCGUUGGUGAUGGCUUUAACACUACCCUGGAUAGCCUCUGGACAGAAUGGGAAGAGUCUAUGUGGCCUCAAUGGGUGCCAGGCCAUCGACCUCUCCAAACGCUACACUGACCUCUCCAUGGCCAAGAUGAUGAGGACCAUUAAACCAGAGGCGUUGGAGGAGGUCUUUCAGAACAUGGCCAAACUGGAGAUAUUGGUCCGGCAGGUAGAGGACCUCCAGAGAGACGUUAUGAGCCUCUUCCAGCCAGUGUGGCCCGUCAACCCUGGCCCUCAGAGGUGGUCCAUGUGUGCAGAAGGGCCGUGUUCCUGUACCCUGGAGACUAGGUUCGUCUCGUGUUGGCGACUGGAGCUUCUCUACCAUGUACCACGUAAACAACAGAUACCAGUAGACACCAGGAGCCUGGACCUUGGGAUGAAUCGUCUAAAGUUUCUACAUAAGGAUUCGUUUAACAGCCUGACGGAGCUAGUGGAGCUAGACCUGAACGACAAUCAACUAGAGUUACUGCCCAACAGUCUCUUCUACGACCUGGAGAACCUGAGGCACCUGAAGCUCCAAAAGAAUCGACUGUUGUACCUCACUUCUGAUAUCUUCCAGGAUGCCCGUUCACUGAGGACCAUCGACUUGUCAUUCAACGUUUUAGAAGGCCUGCCUGAGCCUGUAUUCAAGAAGCUGUACAACUUAUACCUACUUAACCUGGCCACCAACGCCAUCACACACCUAAAGGAGGAAAUAUUCUUUGAUCUGGAGAGCUUGGAAGACCUCGAUCUAUCUGAGAAUAAACUCCAGGAGUUGCCUCAGCUGGUCUUUUACAAACUCAAGAGUCUUAAGCUCCUCAAGAUGAAUCACAAUGAGUUAACUCGCCUCCCUUACGGCGUCUUCAGCAACCUCUUCAACCUCAAAGAACUUUACAUGCACAACAACUACAUAGAGUCACUGCCUACGGGUGUGUUCCGGGACCUGCACAACUUGACAUUCCUGGAGAUCACCAGUAAUCGCAUCGUUCAAGUCAACUACAAGGACUUCCUCAGCAUGGGCAACCUUCGUUCUCUCUUCCUGGGACAAAAUCUCAUCUCCCAUAUACAAAACAAGACCUUUGUCGGUACACCUAAGUUGGAGAAGCUUUACCUCUUCUCCAAUAAGAUAGAGUCUGUAGAGCUGGCAGCAUUCUCUGGCCUCAACAGCUUGUCUUGGCUCCUCAUGAACAACAACUUACUGCGGCAGCUUCCUCGAGCUAUCUUCCGCCGCACACCAAGUUUACGGAGACUUCAGAUUGAUAGCAACAAGUUUAUGAAGCUACCUGAAGGAUUACUGGACGAACUGAAGCGAGUGGAACAAGUGAAGCUUUCCAUGAAUCCCUGGCAUUGUGACUGCUUCAUCCUCUACCUCACAGGGUGGCUCCAUCGUAACCCUGACAAGAUCUGGGACCGUCAGCCCAAGUGCCGUGGACCUGGCGACUUAGGAGGGAAGCCGGUGAUAGAGAUGACCUUCAACAGUGUGUGUGAUGGUCAGUGGGCGUCCAUGACCAAGAUCCAGGGCCGAGUGUGAGGCAGUGUGAGGAAGUUGUGUUAUAGUAUUGUGUUUAUAGAAUGUUUACCAUUUUAACUCUUGGUACUGUACACUUAUUUCUACUUUGUAAUCUGAGGUGCAGUGGUAUAUAUAUGAGUGGUGAGUCACAUAUCAUCAUUACUAGUGAAUGUACCCACCAUCAACAUAAUCUAACCCCAAAAUUAACCUAACCUAACCUUAAAAUCUAACUAAUCACUCAUAACAAAACCUGUAAAAAAUAAUAAGUCAGUUUUGGCUUCUGUCUUUAGUCUGACACCAAGAUACAGAUAAAUAAAGACAAUAAUAUAACAAAAAUCAUCUUCAAAUAUUACCUAAAGCAGCUGAUCAGACCUUCAAUAUAAACACACAUUAUAAUCAUUCUAACAAAGGACAAAAAGAAUACAAAGACCAUUAUUUC